GUAUCUAAGAGGGACGCGCCGGGCCGACUCCCAGCGAGAGGAUGGGGCCAAACUUGCGGUCUGCGCUCGCAGGAAGGGUGGGCCCGACUGGAUUCCCCUUUUCUGCUGCCCGGGAGGCAAAGUUGCUGAUUUCUGCCCGGAUCUUGCUGCCAGGCGAGGUCGUUGCCCUGCAGCGCCCUCGCCCAGGGCAAAGUCCCAGCCCUGGAGAAAACACCUCACCCCUGCCCGCAGCGCUUCGUUUGUCAGGUGCCUUAGAGCUGGAGCUUAAGGGAUAAUUGUCAUGCGUGUCCAUGUGAAGAGACCACCAAACAGGCUUUGUGAAUGAAUUCAGGUAUUUCCAGAGAAUGACCACAACCUCUUCAGUAGAAGGUAAACAGAAUCUGGUGAUUAUGGGUAAGAAGACUUGGUUCUCCAUUCCUGAGAAGAAUCGACCUUUAAAGGGUAGAAUUAAUUUAGUUCUCAGCAGAGAACUCAAGGAACCUCCACAAGGAGCUCAUUUUCUUGCCAGAAGUCUGGAUGAUGCCUUAAAACUUACUGAACAACCAGAAUUAGCAAAUAAAGUAGACAUGAUUUGGAUAGUUGGUGGCAGUUCUGUUUAUAAGGAAGCCAUGAAUCACCCAGGCCAUCUUAAACUAUUUGUGACAAGGAUCAUGCAAGAUUUUGAAAGUGACACCUUUCUUCCAGAAAUUGAUUUGGAGAAAUAUAAACUUCUACCAGAAUACCCAGGUGUUCUAUCUGAUGUCCAAGAGGAGAAAGGCAUUAAGUACAAAUUUGAAGUAUAUGAGAAGAAUGAUUAAUAUGAAGGUGUUUUCUGGUUUAAGUUGUUCUCCCUCCCUCUAAAAAAAGUAUGUAUUUUUACAUUAGAAAAAAAGUAUUUUGUUGACUUUAGAUCUAUAAUUAUUUCUAAGCCACUUGUUUUUAUUCCCCACUACUCUUGACUCUAUCAGAUACCAUUUAUGAAACAUUCUUGCUAUAAAUAAGUGCUUCUCCAAGACCCUGACUGAGUCCCCAGCACUUGCUACAGUGAGCUGCCUUUCCACACCCAUCACAUGUGACACCCUUGCCAGUCCUUGAUUGACAUUGUCGGGCUUUUCAAAUGUUGGUAAUAUUUAUUAAAGAUGAAGAUCCACAUACCCUUCAACUGAGCAGUUUCACUAGUGGAAAUACCAAAAGCUUCCUAUGUGUAUAUCCAGAGGUUUGUAGAUAAAUGUUGCAGCCUUGUUUGUAACAGUGAAAAACUGAAAACAACCUGGAAGUCCAGUGAUGGGAAAAUGAGUGUGUUUCUGUCUUAGAUUGGGGAACCCAAAGUAGAUUCCAAGACUGAAAUUUCAGUGAAAGCAGUUUAUUUGCUAGGUCAUACCAGAAACCAUUGGUUGAGUUAUGCAAAAACUGAACUGAGAAGGUAAGAAAACCAGUUUAAAGUCAGCAAGCAGGUUCUCACUGGUAACAAGCUCCAUACUGCUGAGAUACAGGGAAAUGGAGGGGAGAAAACUGGAGUAUUGAUUCCCCUCUCUCCUUGGUUGUCAGCUCCCUGUCCUGUGUGUGGGCGGAACGUACUCCAACUGCUCUAUAGUAAGUCCCAGGUGUUUGCAGUAAGAAGCUGCUGGCAUGCACGGGAACAGCGAAUGCCAAACACUUCAAGCAAUUCCAUGUUUAAGUAUAUAAGCGCUUCAUAUAUAUAUUAUAUAUAUAUAUAUAUAUAUAUAUAUAUAAAAUAUAAUUUUUUUUUUAGUGCAGUGGUGCAAUCUCAGCUCACUACAACC